AUGCCGCGUGACUACUCCCGAUCGGCAUCCCCCGUGUCCCAUCCCACCAAGGACAGAAACUAUCGCGAUCGCAGCGACGCCCGUCCCAAGCGCAAAGACCGCGAUGGCGCCGACGACGCCGCCCGCGCCCGCAAGAAGAUUCAGAUGCCGCGCAAAGAAACCAACUAUCCGUCGGUGAACGAGCUGAAGAAACGCAUCCGGGAUGUCAAGCGGCUGUUGAACAAGGUCGAUCUGCCGGCCGAUGCACGCAUCGUGCAGGAACGAGCGUUGGCCGGGUACGAGAAGGAUCUGGAGGAUGAGAAUAACCGUCGGGAUCGGUCGAAGAUGAUCAAGAAGUAUCAUUUUGUGCGGUUUUUGGACCGAAAAACUGCCACCAAAGACGUCAACCGACUCCUACGCCGCGAGAAAGCACUCUCCGAAUCCUCCGACCCAGCCACCUCCAAAAAGACAAAACUAGCACAGAAGAUCCACAUCGCCCGCGUCAACCUCAAUUAUACCAUCUACUACCCCCUCACAGAGAAAUACGUCGCGCUGUACGCGAAGGUCAAGAAGGAGAAAGAAUCCGCCACUGCAGACAGCUCGUCGAAAGACGACGCCGCGGAGGAUUCAGGAGACGACGCUGGCUUCAAGGCUAUUCAUGCUUCGGCGGCGGAUAAGCCGGCGUUGUGGCAUACAGUCGAGAAGUGCAUGAAGGAUGGGACGUUGGAUCUUCUGCGGGAUGGGAAAUUAUCGUCUGCGUCGCCGUCGAGGGAGGAGGGGAGUGGGCAGCAGCAGCAGCAGCAGAAAAGUUCGAGUUCGAGUCGGCAAUCGGAGAAGAACAAGAACACUGCCAAGUCGAAUAACAACAAAAAGACGGACUCGAAGAAAGACAAGACACCGAAGACAUCGAAUCGUGGCGCUGCUGCGAAUAAGAAAACUGAGCGCGCUUCGUCCAAGGUGGUCGUUCAUGAGAACAACGAUGAUGAUGACGACGCCAGUGAUGGAGGGUUCUUUGAGAUGUGA